AUGGCUGCUAUUAUCAAUGCUUUAUUUGGUAAUUAUUCAGAAGUAGAACAACCAAAUCCUAUAACAGAUACAAAUCAAACUGUAGUUAGUAAUGAAUGUCUUCAUACAGCAGCUGUAGCUGAUAAUGUUCAUGUUAAAUCUGUUAUAUCAUCCGAAACACAAGCAAGUGCAACGAUUAAUACAAAUUUAAAUAUUGAUAGUUUAUUAGGGCAGUUAAGUACAACAUAUACGCAAGUUGAUGAAUAUUCUCGAACACGUGCAGCUAAAAUAAAUGAACAAACUGAAAAAUCUAUUGCAGAAAUACUUGCAAAUAUUCAACGUCAACAAGAAGAAUUAUUAACAAGUGCUAAUCAACGUCAUGUAAUUAUUGAUCAUCAAUAUAAAAUUCAUUUACAAAAAACUAUUGAAGCAUUAGAUGCUGUUAAAGCUAAAACAUUAGCUGAUUUAGAACAUGAUUUACAAGCUAAACAACAAGCAAUGAUGAAUGAAGCUAAAAGACAAAUUGAUAAUUUAAAUGAUCAAGCUAUUGUAGCUAAAUUAAAUCUUUUAGCUGACGUACAAUUACAAAGUAAAAUAAAUAUUGAUGCUAUUACUGAUCAAGUUAUAACAACAAAUCAACAAGAAACUCAACAUUUAUUACAAUCAACAACUACGACAGUUAUUACUUCUGAAGCGCAAUCCACAGCAAAUACAGAAACAAAAGAUGUAAUUACUGUUCAUAAUGAAUCACAAGUACCAAUCAAAAGUUCAACGGAACUAGCAGUUGUUUCAGCAACUCAAGAAAAUACAACUGAUGUUAACACUGUCACUAACGGAACAUCUAAUUUGAAUACAAAAUCAAUCAGUCCUAUUGCUACUGCUGCUAAUGUAACGCUUAAUAGCAAUGCAGUCGAAUCGAUCGUUACAAAUGCGCGUGAAAGAAGCAAAGAUAAGACUGUUCAACCUGUUGUCACCACCUCUGAUGUAACUGUUGCUGCUGCUGCCGCCAAUGUAGCACUCGACAGCAAUGCAGUCGAAUCGAUCGUUACUAAUACGGAUGCAAGAAGCAAAGAUAAGAUUGUUCAACCUGUUAUCACCAACUCUGACGUAACUAUUGCUGCUGCUGCUAAUGUUACCCUUAACAGCAGUGUCAUCGAAACGAUCGUUGCUAAUGCACGUUUAAGAAGUCAAAAAUAA